AUGCCGCCCUCCGUCGACGCAAUGUCGCCCCCCGGAGACGCCGCGGGCGCCGGCGACGUGCGCAUGAUCUCCUCCAAGGAGCUCCGCGCGCACGCGUCCGCCGACGACCUCUGGAUCUCCAUCUCCGGCGACGUGUACGACGUCACGCCCUGGCUCCCCCACCACCCGGGCGGUGACCUCCCGCUCAUCACCCUGGCGGGGCAGGACGCCACCGACGCCUUCGUCGCCUACCACCCGCCCUCGGCGCGCCCGCUCCUCCGCCGCUUCUUCGUCGGCCGCCUCUCCGACUACACCGUCUCCCCCGCGUCCGCCGACUACCGCCGCCUCCUCGCGCAGCUCUCCUCCGCGGGCCUCUUCGAACGCGUCGGCCCCGCCCCCAAGGUCCAGCUCGUCCUGAUGGCCGUGCUCUUCUACGCCGCGCUCUACCUCGCCCUCGCCUGCGCCAGCGCCUGGGCGCACCUCCUCGCGGGAGGGCUCAUCGGCUUCGUCUGGAUCCAGUCCGGCUGGAUGGGCCACGACUCGGGCCACCACCGCAUCACGGGCCACCCGGUCCUCGACCGCGUCGUGCAGGUGCUCUCCGGGAACUGCCUCACCGGCCUCAGCAUCGCCUGGUGGAAAUGCAACCACAACACGCACCACAUCGCCUGCAACAGCCUGGACCAUGACCCGGACCUCCAGCACAUGCCGCUCUUCGCCGUCUCCCCCAAGCUCUUCGGCAACAUAUGGUCCUGCUUCUACCAAAGGACCCUGGCGUUCGACGCCGCCUCCAAAUUCCUCAUCAGCUACCAGCACUGGACCUUCUACCCGGUAAUGUGCAUCGCCAGGAUAAAUCUUCUUGUGCAGUCCGCUCUCUUCGUUCUCACCGAGAAGAGGGUACCGCAGCGGUUGCUUGAGAUCGCCGGGGUCGCCGCAUUCUGGGCUUGGUACCCAUUGCUGGUGGUUUCCCUGCCGAAUUGGUGGGAGAGGGUCGCGUUUGUGCUUUUCAGCUUUACCAUUUGCGGGAUUCAGCACGUCCAAUUCUGCCUGAACCACUUCUCGUCCGAUGUGUAUGUCGGGCCACCCAAGGGCAAUGACUGGUUUGAGAAGCAGACGGCAGGCUCGCUCGACAUCCUGUGCCCUCCGUGGAUGGAUUGGUUCCAUGGUGGUCUGCAAUUCCAGAUUGAGCACCAUCUGUUUCCCCGCCUACCUCGGUGCCACCUUCGGAAGGUCGCGCCGGCCGUGCAUGACCUUUGCAAGAAGCAUGGCCUGACUUAUUCUGCAGCCUCAUUCUGGGGCGCAAAUGUGCUUACAUGGAAGACACUCAGGGCUGCUGCCUUGCAGGCCAGGAGCGCCACAAGUGGUGCCGCUCCCAAGAAUUUGGUCUGGGAGGCUUUGAACACCCAUGGAUAA